UCGACCCGGGCCAUUCACGCGGCGGCCACACGAGGAGGCGGCGGCAGCAGCAGCGUGCGGCGGUGAGGAGAGGGGGCCACCACCACCACCAUCAUCAUAAAGCCCGAGGGAGGAGCUCCAAGCGAGGCGAAACCGCCGCCCCCCCGACCCGCCACCUUCUCAUCCUCUCCCCCUUGCGGACAUCGCGCGCCGGGGGUUGAAAUAAAAAGUAUCGAAGACGACGACGACCACCACCACCACCAAGUGUGCGGGGCAACUCGGCACCCUGAUCGCGAGCGCCUUUGUCUCACCCGCACGACGGAGGCUCAUUGUUGCGAUUCUUCUGCUCGUCACCACCACCACCACUACCAGUGUGGUACCCUCGCUCGGGUCUUUUUGUGUGUGUGUGUGUGUGGACGAGUGUAUCGCUGAUCACAUCGCGCCCAGAGAGAGAGAGAGAUAGCGAAGAGAGACCUCUGGUGACGUUACAGAGACCGAUCUCUCUCAACGUUUCUGCUGCUGGUGGUGCUGGUUGUUGUGGUGGUUGUGGUUGUUGUUGCUGCGCAGUAGCGAUGCAGGCCUCGCUACCGUCGGCCGCGCCGCCUUCUCGCCGCUGAAGCCGCCCUCCUUGGCGCCUCGCCGCGUGCGUGGCCCCCCCCCUCCCCGCGGGUCGUCGUGGCAGGAGGAGUCGGCUGCCCCCCAAAGCUGCUCGGGUCGCGACUUCGAAUGGCGAACGCCGCUCCAAGUAGAAGCGACUGCGGCAGCGGAACGAUGGUGGUGGUGGCAUCACCACCAGCAUCACCACCACCAGAAUCACCACCACCAUCAGCAGCAUCACCACCACCAUCAGCAACAGCAUCACCACCACCAGCAGCAUCACCAGCAGCAUCACCAGCAGCAUCACCACCAGCAGCAGUAGCAGCAUCACCAGCACUCCAGGAGAUGGAGGAUGCAUGCGUGUCCGAGCAGAGCGGAGACUCCUCAACCAUCUCCGCUUCCAUCACCUCAUUCAUCUCAUCCUCGACCAUCACCUCAUCCAUCCCGUCGACCGUCACCUCAUCCAUCCCGUCGACCGUCACCUCAUCCAUCCCGUCGACCGUCACCUCAUCCAUCCCAUCCUCGACCAUCACUUCAUCCAUCCCAUCGACCAUCACCUCGUCCAUUACAAUAACCAUCACAUCAUCGUCCAUCCCCACAUCUUCCAUCCCAUCAUCUAACUCCACGUCUUCCAUCUCAUCCACAUCCAUCACCACAUCUUCCAGUCCAGCAUACAUCCCUUCCAUCUCCACAUCUUCCAUCCCAUCCUCAUCUAUCCCUUCAUCCAUUACCACUACUGACAUUACAUCCAUCAAUGCCUCUUCAAUUCAGUCAAACAUCAUGUCUGUCCCAUCAUCCCUGACAACUUACAUCCCAUCUUCAAAUGUCACCUCAUCCAUCACUUCCUCCGCUAUCACCACAUCGAUCACCUCAUCCAUCCCAACAGACAUCACCUCAUCCAUUGCUUUGUCAUCCGUCCCAUCAUCUAUCUCACCCAUCCCGUCCUCAUUCACUUCCUCAUCCUGUACCUCACCAUUCACCACCUCCUCCUCCCCCGACUUCAUGGCGGAUGACAGCGAGGACCCACUGGCCAUGGCCGGUGGUGACGUGCCACGGGGCACCGACCCGGCCUGGUGCAUGACCAAGAGCGGCCACAUCAAGCGGCCCAUGAACGCCUUCAUGGUGUGGGCGCAGAUGGAGCGUCGCAAGAUCAUGCAGACGGUGCCCGCGGCGCACAACGCCGACAUCUCCAAGCUGCUGGGCCAGCGCUGGAAGGAGCUCGGCGCCAACGACAAGGCCCCGUACGUGUGCGAGGCGGAGCGCCUGCGUCGCAAGCACAACGCGGACUACCCCGACUACAAGUACCAGCCGCGCAAAAAGAUGCCGGCCCUCAUGCCACCGCCGAGGAAGCCCGAUAAUGGACCUCCGUGCGUCUUCACCAUCAUCGCCACUGGGCCGCCACAGCCCAGCACCACCGUGGCUACUGCCACUGCUGCUACCAUCACCAGCGUGCAGCAUCGGCAGCAGUUUUCUCUGGAACCGGAGGAUAACAAGUUCGACUUGAAGAUGCCGGUGCCCACUUUCCAGUUUUCGAUGCAGAAUAUGUUUAAGGCAAAGGGACAGUUCGACGGCAACGUUGCUAUGGCCAACCCAACCAAACUUUGGUUCGGUUCGCCCGCAGAACUUGGGCUCGUUAAGGUCUCUGCCUCCGGCGGGGUGCAACACAAAGUCAUUUCGCAGGUACCGACUAGAGCGAUGAUCCCAGAGAUGAUCUUCACCGAGGUCCCUACGUUUUCCCGAAUUUCGGGCAGAUUCCCGGAGACCUCGUGCGUCCGAAUGCUGCCACAGAGGGCCCCAAUUGAGCGCCAGCAUGUAGUAUAUCUCCCAGAUUUCACGCUAUCUCACGGCAUUUCUGGGAAAAUAAUUACCAAGGUUGCUUCGGCCACCCUCGACUUCAGCGGCCAAAAGAGGCCUGCCACCACCAUGAUGAUGCAGGGCCCCGCGUACCCCACGGUCUCGACCAGGUCUCUGGAGGCCCUUCUUCCUGGCCAGCAGCAACAGCAGCAGCAGCAGGAGGAUGAUGUUGAUGUCACGGGGCCAGGUCACCCAGCCCUGUCUCCCACCGAGACACCGGUGCCGCCGCGGUCCGCGUCCCCCUCGUGCCUGUCCUUCUGCUCGUCGUCGUCGGGCGACGAGUUGUACAUCGACAUCCCGGACGAGGAGGAAGAGGAGAUGGAGGAAGAAGCAGCGAACAGCGGCGGCGAAAGCGCCGGCGAAGCGCCCGUCAAGGAGGAGGACGUCGACGAUGCCCCACGCCAGGCGACGCCACAGGGUUUCUCGUCCCUGGAAGAGCAGCAAGGUGGCUUCCCCGGCACCGCCGACUUUUACAGCUCUUCCUCGCCUCCCUCCAUUAAGGUGGAGUUCCCGGACAAAUCCGCGGAGGGGGGGGACCCCCCAGAAGGCCACCGGCUGCGCGCCCACAAUCUCCUGGACGACUGCUUCAUGCCGGAGGUGCACCGGGUGGUGAGUCUGGUGGACGUGAACAGCUUCAUCACCUGUUACCUGUGUAAGGGAUACCUAGUCGACGCAACCACCAUCACCGAAUGCCUCCACACCUUUUGCAAGAGCUGCAUCGUGAAGCACUUUGACUACAGCAAUAGGUGCCCGCAGUGCAACGUGGUGGUGCAUCAGACUCAGCCACUCUACAACAUCAGGUCGGAUGGAACUAUGCAGGAUAUCGUGUACAAGUUGGUGCCGAAUCUGGAAGAAAAUGAGAAGCGGAGCAUGAGAGAUUUUUAUCUUUCAAGGGGAUUGGAGCUUCCAAAACCAGCGGUUUACUACGUGGCGGCAGGACCCGGAGAACGAGGCAAGAAGGCGGACAAGCGCAAGGGCCUCAGCUUCACAGAGCCCAGCGCCACCCUCGCCUGCGUCUCGCUCGUGCUGGAGUGCGGACGGGUGGAGGCUGGGAUCCUCAACUAUCAGCCACUUCAGAAGAAGUACGUGCGGGUGUCUGGAGAGGCCACGAUCCGACACGUGGAAGCCUUCCUAAGGAAGAAACUUGGGCUGGAUGCCUUCUGCGAGGUCAAAAUCACGUGCGGAGAGCGUGUUUUGGAUCAGGAUUGCACUUUAAGCGGCCUUCAGUAUUCUGGAAACACCAGUGAGGAUGACCUGUUGAUUCUGCACUACUGUCUGGCUGCACCUCAGCAAGACAACUAUUACUCCGAUUAGAAAGAGUACCCAGUUUGAAAGGUCUAGGCGCUGUAAUAUUAAGCGACUACACUUUGUUUUGACAGGACCACGCAGUGUAAUAUAUUGAAUGGGACGUAAUGGGACCUGGUUGGAAGCGAUGCUUUCUAUUUAUGGCUUUUACAGCCUCCUGUGCUUUAGACGCAGAAUAUAAUUGCGUGAUGUUAAUGCAGUGGUUGAAAUGUCAUUACAUGCUCUGCUAAACAGUGGGAAACACCCAAGGCUUCCUACAAAGAUUGUUUUUUAUUGUGUUUGAUAUAGGUGCCUUCCCCAGAUAUUUCAUUGGAGUUCACAGUGGUUUUUGCUAGUGAUCAUUCCCACAACUGUGCAUAUUAACAUUUGCAUUGGUGAUGGCUUUUUUGCUGUUAAACAGUAGGUUUAAGUUAUCCGUCACAUAAUGCCUGUGCCAAAAUUGAAAAUCCUUUCCACCCACUGUUUGUCAACAUUUAUGACAACAUUACACUUUCUGGGUAACAUUUUGUUUUUCUUUUGCCCUCCCCCCCUUGAAAAUAUUUUGUCUAAAUAUUCAGGUGAUAUUUUGGCAUUUCUGCACCAAUGCUCGUUUGAAAUGUGUUUUUUUUUUAAAUAUACAGGGUGUCCAUAUAUAUGCAUUAUUAAAGCAUUAUAAUUAGACAACUUUUAUCCAAGUUGAUAAUAUUCUGUUCACGCAGUUGGUCGUUCAAAUGUGUUAUCAUUAAAGCAGUUACUUCCGUCUUAACCGUCACAUCUCAACUCAAGCAUUUGGUGAUCCGGAAUUGAUAUUUGAGAGCUUAUGGUGUUUAAGAACAUCUCGGGUGUGAUUGACACUACAAUAUAAUCCUGUCUAAUUGUAAUUAUUUAAUCAUGAAAGGAACCUGUAUGGACACCCUGCAGGAUAAAUCACAACACACAUUGUUAUACCGCUUACGGUCAGGAGAAUGUGGACUUGUGUUUGCUUUUUCUUUGCAGAAGAGGCUUAAAAUUUACCAUUCGCUCCAAUUAGUGCGUUAAUCUCAUGAAAAUUAUAAUUCCUAUCCGAAUAAACCAUAAGUCAACAAUUCUGCUCUGGUACAAAUGUACACAUUUAAACUAUUCUUUUCAAAGUAAGACACAGUAAAUUGGAGAACUUGAUAUGCUGUAAUAUAAUUUGUUGUACAAUAUCAACGUGUUUUUGCCUUUUUUGUUAAUGCAAUUUGUGCACGGUUUGUGUUUACUGAGUAGCUGCUGCAUGGCAUGGCUAGUGAAUAACAUAGCCUCCACAAGGCCAAGCACACGAUCGGGGAAAAACACAUUUCAAGAGUCGCAGUGGCAUCUUUUGGCCCAACCAUCGAACAAAGACGGUCACU